GAAAGUCUGGGUUGACGCCCACUCUUCCCUCUGGUUGUGCAGUAGUUUAUGCACAGUUGUUGCCUUUAAGCAGCUCUGUAAAGACUGAGUGGGUACAAGAUGGCAUCCCAGCAGCUCUGUUGGAGGGUAAUGGGGCUAGCGGUAUUGCUGACACUGUUGGCUCUUAGAGAUGUAUCCAGUGACAGCAGCCUGCACAAGUUCUUAAGGAAAAGAGAUGUGGCAGGAGCUGGUACUGCCCCCUCAAAGUCCUCUGUCGCUGUCUCUCCUUCCAAGGCUCAAGAGUUUCUGGCAAAACUGAGCAGAACCAAGAGGAACAUCUGGGAUCGCAGCAGACCAGAUGUACAGCAGUGGAUUAUGCAGUUUAUGUACAUGGGGUUCGAUGAGCAGAGGCUGGAGACUGACCUGUCAUACUGGAUGGACAUGGCUCGCUCCACUGACCAGGGACGUCAGCACCACUAUGAUGAAAACUCCCCCACCGGCCCGCGUGACCCUGGUUCUUACAGACAUGGAGCUAAUGUCAACUACGAUUACUAUUAACUUCAGUCACAAACACACAGAGGUCAAUGCUUCUGUGAAUGGUCAAAGGGUUUGUUUUGUUUUAGUAAGUCUGCCUUCUGUUUGAGAGAACACAAGCUGUUAUAGUUUCACACCUACCAUGCAGCUGUCAACAUCCAACUACUUCACAGCUGCUGACUUCUUUGUUUUCAUUUGAUACGCCCACCAGUAUAAUCCACUCUCAACCUUUUCUCCCCAUAUAUUCAUCUUGGCACUUUUCUUAUCAAGAGAUUAUUGUAAAUAAAGAUCUGGUUUCAUACUC